AGAUCACCCUGUCCCCGGUGCAGAAUCCAGCACUUGCCCUUGUUAACCUUCAUAUGGCUGGUGAUUGCCCAUCUCUCUAAUUUGUUGAGGUCUCUCUGCAGGGCCUAUCUGCCCUCGAGGGAGUUGACAACUCCUCCCAAGUAACUUAGUGUCAUCAGCAAACAGUAUUCUUCUGAGUCCUGCAUCCAGGUCAUUAAUGAAGAUGUUGAAGAGAACAGGACCUAAGAUGGAGCCCUGCUGAAACCCACUAGUGACAGGUUGCCAGCCUGAUGUUACUCCAUAUUGACUAUAACCCUUUGUGCCCAACCCCUUAGCCAGUUGCAGUUAUCCAAAUGUGUGCUAGAUAAUUUGUUAUGGCCAAACUGAUAAUGUUCAUACUGGGGCAUUUUAAGUUUCAAUGAGUCUAGUCACUGAGCUGGCAUCAAAAAUUAUUGUAUCCUUUUUAGAAAGUUUAAUCCUUCCUCAAAGUGAGCACCUACUGAUGCAUGGGUUUGCAGAAUUAAACAACUGAGAUUUAGCUUUUCAGAUGCUGCUUUCCACCCUCGUUAUCACUGUCUUUACAGGAAAUGCCUCUGACAGAAGCUGGGCGGUACGUGCACACAUUUCCAGUCAGUUGGUGUCGACACUGGGUGCCUGCAGCCACCAAAGAAAUACUGGAUUGAGCAAAGGGUUUGCAGGCUCUUGCCCAACAACCUGUGGUUUUUGUCUCUGUAGUUCCUCAUACCUCUUCCUCUUUUUACCACUUUAUGUUAAGGCGAAGCAUGCCCUUUAAGAUGAUAAAAAGUUCCACAAUUUAUUGUAACAUCAUUUUUGUCAGUAGUCUGCCAAAGAAAGAAAUUACUGUUGCCACAGGAGGCAAAAUAACAUGUUGUGAAUCACUGAGGAGAGCUACUGUAGGAGGCCACAAAAUAAAGCCACAGUUCUCAGAAGCGUGCAUUACAAAUACCUAUCAUGAUGUGUGACUUACACGCUUAUCAGGAAAAAGUCUCUGAAGUUUCUCAUUAAGGAUUACACCAAAGAUGGACAGAUAGAAAAGUUUUGAACAUCUCCAAGGAAAACAAAAAGCAGUAUGUCAGAAAAUACGAGCUCUCUUAGAAACUUUUUUGUUUACAAGUAUCUGUUUGCAUUAACUUUUUGGAACCAUGUCAACCUGUCUAUGGAAAAUGAACUUCUUACACCUGUUUCUAACAGUUUUCCAGAAGAUAGUUCUGACCAAAAAUUCAAGAGCCUGCCACUCUUAUAUACAAAUACAUAUCAGUCCAAAUCUAGUUCUGACUGGGUUGUGAUACAAAAUACUACAGAAAGCCUGUCGUUGUCAGAAAUCACAAAUAACCAUGUAAAAAAAUUGGUAGCUUUAUUAUCUAAUUUCAGACAAGGCUCUGGGUUACAAAAUCUGACACUGACAAAUGUGUCGGUGAACUGGAGUGCUCUUAUGGAAAUUUUUCAGACUGUAUGGCAUUCAUCCAUUGAAUACUUCAAUGUUAGCAAUGUCACUCAACUGUCGCACAUACAAAGCUAUGACUUUGACUAUUCAGGUACCUCUAUGAAGGCACUGAUAGUGAAGAAAAUUAAAAUCACAGAUCUGUACUUCACACAGGAUGACAUAUACAGAAUAUUUGCAGACAUGAAUAUUGCAGACAUGACAAUAGCUGAAUCAGAGAUGAUUCAUAUGCUUUGUCCUUCAUCUGUUAGUCCCUUUAGACACCUAAAUUUUUCAAAGAAUGAUUUAACAGACUUCCUUUUUCAAAAAUGUGACCACCUAAUUCAACUGGAGACAUUAAUCUUGCAAUGGAAUAAAUUUGAGAGCCUUCUCAAGGUAAGCUUCAUG